AGUAUUUGAUGGUGUUGUACACAGAGCGGUGCUGACCUCACUGUGACAUUGACUCCCUUCCAGGCCCGCUAUCGUACUGCUCAGCCUGACAGGGUCCAGAUGCAAUUAAAUAUAAUUGUAUAAUAUGUAGUCUGUUUAAGAAUAUAAUUUGCAAUGCUUUUCCACUCUUUGAUGAUAUGAUGAAAACAUCAACCGCUUGUUCUUUGUCAGAGCAGUAUUUACCAGGGCUCUGAAUCAGUUUUUCACACAGGACCACUGCUCCGUGUGCCACCCACACAACAAAAGAAAGUGCUCAACAAAAUACACCAAUGAAAAAUCGCAUGUCCAAAGCCUAAAACACAUAAAACACAUGCAUAAACAAUAUACAUUACAUCAGUGACCACCAACUCCCAUGCAUGCUCACAUCAACAGUAUAUUAAUCACUGAAGAGGGGCAGGAAAUGUGUUUCCCUGCCUCACACAAAAUAAAUAAAGAGGGGGAUAUUCUCACACCAUCACCUCAUUGUCAUCUGCCAUGCGCUGCAGCUGCUCGCUUUGUCCAUUAGGUGUCGCUCAACUACUGCACCUGGUGCAUCCAGCCCCCCCCCAAUCUCUGGCCCGGAUUGUCUGGGUUCGUAAUUGUCACGGGCCAAUCACAAGCGAGGUGGGCGGGUCUCCAUUGUUACUACAGAUACUCGAAGAAGUUUGCACCGACCUGCUGCCUGCAGCUGCACCUAUGAGUCUCCACGUUAAUGAAUAGCCGCGGCCCGCGCGAGACACACGAGCCGAUUAUGCCGAGAUAAAGAGCAUCUGACUCGCGCUCCGUCCGAUAAUGGCAUGCGAUGGUUCAUCCGCGGAGGAUUUCCCGGACAAAGUGAUGCCCAGAGCGGCUCCGUGCACGUGCAACAACAAGAAGUGCAGGAGUCGGAGCAGCAGUGUUGUCUUCCUGGGAUUAUUCCUGCUGUCGCUGUCUCUACACGCUGUCACCCUCGUCUGCUAUUUGGACCUGCGGUCCGAGGUCAAAAGGGAAAUUAUCCACCAGAAGCGGGACUCAAUGUUGACGCUAGCGGGGAGUGACCUGGCUGACCCGGCGGCGGUGCUCUCACCCGGACACCCGCGACUGGACUCCGGGAGCAGCCGCACCACAGAGCCUCAUGAGGAGAAGUUACUGCACAGAAAUAGCGAAUUCCACGCCACAGAGGAUAACAGGGGCAUAACUCAGCGAGCGAAAAGAAGUCCCGGCAAGCAGCCAGAAACAGAACCGACUGGGAGAGAAAGAAGGAAAGAGAAGAAAAAAGGGAAAAAAAGGUCUGUGCCGGGCCCCCCUGGUCCCCCUGGUCCCCCGGGCCCACAGGGGCCACCGGGCAUCCCUGGAAUCCCCGGUAUUCCAGGAAGCAACGCUGUAGGGCCCGCAGGACCCCCUGGACCCCCCGGGCCGCAGGGACCUCCGGGCACUCAAGGUCCAGCAGGGGUUCCCGACAAGACGAAAACAAAAGAAUUCCAGCCUGCAGUGGUUCACUUGCAAGGACAGGAGACAACCAUCCAAGUGAGAGAAGAUCUGUCUGAAGGCAUCCUUAGGAACUGGAAGAUGGUAUCCAUCCAUCACCGCGUGUUUAAAAUGCACUCUCGCUCUGGAGAGCUGGAGGUGCUGCUGGACGGUGUCUACUUCAUAUAUAGUCAGGUAGAAGUGUACUACCUCAACUUCACCGACAUUGCCAGCUAUGAGGUGAUGGUGGACUCCAACCCGUUCCUCCGCUGCACCUGCAGCAUCGAGACGGGCCAGCGCAAGUUCAACACCUGCUACACGGCUGGAGUGAGCCUGCUCCGCGCCGGCCAGAGGAUCUCCAUACGCAUAGUGUAUGAGGACACACUCAUCAGCAUGACCAAUCACACCACCUUCCUGGGAAGUGUCAGACUUGGAGAGGCUCCAUCUGCUGGACAGAACUGAUAACUGCACAGCCACCAGCACUCUACAUGAAAUGCCCCCGUCUUGCCCCCGCCGUUCAGGGGCAACUCAAAUCCCUCGGGUUAUUAAAGGUCGAGGGAGCCCCCAGGUGACUUGUGUUCACUCUCACAGCUCUGUAUUAAAAAGGGAACAACAUAGACUGUCACACUUCCCCCUCACGUUGAUUCUGUGCAAAGAGAUGAGCCUCGAUGAGCCUCGUCAAACAAAAGGUCCUAUUUAUAGCCCCCAUUUUGUGUCAACACGGACGGCAUCUCUCUUUAUAACAAGGAAGGACACUGCGCUGACAUGUACUUAAUACUUACUAUUUUUAAGUGCUGUUGAAUGAUAAUCUUGUAUCUCCAAAAACACCAGCUACUCAAAAUGUUUUAUUCGCAGUUUGUAUACAGGGCCAUUUUAAUUAAUUUAAUUAUAUAAACAAUUAUAAGUGGUUAAAGCUCCAUAUGCCCCAGGGUUAUAAGAAUGAUUAAAGAUCAUAUACAUGUUCAAAGCACUUAUAAAGGUAUCUAUGCAAAGCUGAGACACAUCCAUAAAAACUGGAGUUAUAAGGUAUUCACGGAGCAACAGCACUAUAUAUUUUGCACACAUUUGCACUACAGCAUCCCUGCAGAAUAUCAGUGAUAUGUUUUGUUACAGUGCUAUUGUUUUAGUUACCGUAUGAAUGAAUCCAUGUGGAAAAAUGAUAGUUGUUUAUACGUCUCUGUACAUAUUGUAUAUAAAAAGGGAUAUACUUUUGUAAAUGGAGUUGAUUGAUGGAUUAAAAUGUUUCAUUU